AUGCCAUCGUCACUGCAAAAUGUGUUCCCUUUGACGGCUCUGCUGUCACCUCAAGUCCUCCAGCUACAACAACAGAGAGGUCGUAAACGAGCGCUGAAAGCGAAUUUAUCACGUCAACAAAAAUUAGAAAGACGUUUGAAACGGGAAGCGAAAGAAGCGGCCCGGAAGCAGUACAAUUUCAUGGAACGAUUGAAUAUUCGUCGCAUGAAAAACCUACUGUCACCGUCUCAACAGUUUCCUGGUCGACUGAUUCGUGAGGAUGAAGAGGGCUUACCUGAUAAACCAACAACAAAUGUUUACAUAUCAACCAUGUUGAAGACGCAGUUUCACCCUAUUCCCGAGGCGUUAGCCGUGCAUAGGUGUGCAUUUUACGUGGCUGUUGAGAUCGGACAUUUCUUGCCGGAAAUGCAGCAGCCAUCGAUUUAUAAUAACCCAAAAGCACCGAUACGAUUAAGGAUCGAGCUGAACAUGAAUACAGAACGACAAACUAAAAUGGUACCGAACAGUGACGAGAUCGUACCAGUUCCAUAUCAGUUCGUCCAUAACGAGAAGCGUACUAUCUUGGCGUUUGCUCGCGACCCAAAAUUGCAAGAAUUGGCCGUCGAAUCGGGUGCUGAAAUCGCGUUAGGGCCUGAAAUGAUCAAAAAGAUAAUCAAAGGACAAUUUCGAACGGAUGACUAUGAUUUUUGUGUGGCGCAUGUGGAUAUGGGACCAUCAAUUCUACCGUUGCGUGGAAUAUUGAAAACACGCUUUCCAACAAAACUUAACGGAGGUCUCGGUGAAGAUCUACCGGAUCUGAUACAAAUGUUCAAAAAUGGUGUUAAAGUGAAUAUACGCGGUGAUCCGGUCUAUCCAGUAUGGGGACUGUGUAAUGUGGUCGUGGGAAGGUUAUCAAUGCCUGAUGAAGAAAUUGAAGCGAACAUCGGCUCGAUUAUAAAGGCAAUCUGUAAACAUCGCAAUCCAGCAUUAGGACCGUUCAUAAAUAGAGCAUUGAUGAUGGUGAUUCCAGGCGAUAUGCAUUUAGCAAUUGAUAUUGAUAAAUUCUUACCAGUUGCGACACCUGAAGAAAUUGAAAAGGUAAAUGAAAGGAUGAGUAAACACUCGAACGUCGCAAGCGAAUGA